UCACACCGAGAGGAAAAGCUCGUGAAAGGAUUCCUAAACUUGGGAGCGGUCGGAUCAGCUGUGCCGCAGUUUGCUUCUUCUCCGAGUAAUUUGUGCCGAACUACAGCGGCGCGUUCGCAGCAGGUGAAAACCGACGAGCCGCGCCCAGCAGAAAUCUGCCGAGAACAGCCAGGUGCUGCUAGAGUCCCAGAGCAACUCCCAGGCUCCAUGGCCAGCAACAUGACUCCUCGGGGCUGCGGCCCAAACGUGGAAUCCAUUUAUUACAAUCUGUGUAGCACUGAAGCUGUGUGGGGCAUCGUGCUGGAGGCCUUAGCGGCAGCUGGCAUCGUCUUCUCCUUCGUGCUCUUCAUCUCGCUGCUGGCCAGCCUGCCCUUCCAUAAAGACUACAACCGCAAGAGCUCGGUGGCUCUUCACGCCUUCUUCCUGAUCAGCACUGCUGGUCUCUUCUGCCUAACCUUUGCCUUCAUCGUGGGAAAGAACUUCUCCACAUGUGCUUCACGGAGGUUCCUCUUUGGGGUGCUGUUCAGCGGCUGCUUCGCCUCCCAGCUGAUGCAGUGUGUGAGGCUGAACAUCCUGGCCAGACGAAACAGCGGGCCUCGAGUUUGGGUCUUGUGUCUCGGGGCGUUGGGGCUGUGGCUGGUGGAGGUGAUCAUCAACACAGAAUGGCUGAUAAUUACAAUUGUGCCUUCCAACACCACAGCUCAAACUAGCAAAGAUAUAGCCGUGCCGUGUGACAUUGCUAACGAGGACUUUGUCAUGGCGCUCAUCUACGUGAUGGUGCUGAUCCUGGCUGUGGUGGUGGCGAGUCUGACCAUCAUGAUGGGCAAACACGCACAGUGGAAGAAGGAAGGCGCUUGCAUCUUUGUGACAAGCCUCUUUUCAGUGGGUAUUUGGGUGGUGUGGAUCGUCAUGUACGUGUAUGGGAAUGGGAAAACCGGGGGUCCAACGUGGGAUGACCCAACCUUAGCCAUCGCUUUGGUAGCAAACGCCUGGGUCUUCAUUAUCAUGUACACCAUUCCUGACGUCUGCUGUCUGAACAGUGACGAUGAGAGUCAACAAGACUUCACAGACAAUCUUUACCAAAACCAAGGAGUCGGAUACGAGACGAUCCUGAAGGGACAAUCCCCCCAGAAUGUGUACGUGGAAAAUAAGGCUUUCUCCAUGGACGAGUCCAACCAAGAUUCCAAGCCCGUGUCUCCAUACAGCGGCUACACCGGUCAGAUGCGUAACUCGGUGUACCAGCCCACUGAGCUGGCUCUCAUCAGCAAAGGAGUUGGAAAUCAGCAGCUACCGGACCCGUCCUUUGACAUCUUCAUUCCCAGAGCUUCCAUCGGCUCUGCGGCCAACAGCGGGAGCAGCACACCGUCAACAUAAAAGGAGACCGGGAACACGCACACACAAGUGGGCAUGGUCUGCAGAGGACAUCCCAGUGGUGAACGUGCCACAGCUCGCCAGACCCCAUCAGAGUAACUUCGGUUCACAUUUUCUCGUUUAUACUUGCUGACCUUUUGUUUUCUAUUGUUUGUGGUUCCCUAAGCUGGUCCUAAGAGGAACCUUCAUCCCCAGUACAUGGAGAUGAAUGGGAGGUCAUCCCACUGAGGAGCAGAUAAACCUCCCAUUGACUGAUUUAUUAUGUUCCCCUGGGUAUCAGACAGUCAAGAGCUUCAUUUGAAAGUCAAAGCACGGAACGAAGCUGCGGCUUUGCUGCAGAACAAAAACUUGUGCAGCGGUCGGCUUUUUCUGACAGGGAAGCGCGAGCUCUCUGCUGGACCCAAACACAGAUGAAAGUCACGUUACUGACGCCACAAAAACUGGGAAAUGUUUCAAGUGUCUUUGACUCAACAUUAUUUUCAAUUUACACAUUAAAGUUAGAUUGCAUUCACUUAGAUUAGAAGGAUAUUUUGCACAGUUAAAUGUAAUUAUUGAAUUCUUGUUUUUGAGCCCGGGUUGUGAUUAUUGUUGAUAACCACAAAGUUAACACAUGAAAUGAAGUUUUUGAAUUAAUUUAAAUGUACAAUGCUCUCAGUGAGUCAUGAUGCACAAAUGUACUGGAUAAAUGUAUAUAUGUAAUACUGUCUAAAGCACUGCUGUGCCAUUUAAUUAUGUUCAAUACAUGUUACACUGAAGAGACCUGCCUGUGGUUAGCCAGCUUUGCUAGCUUAUUAUUAAUCAGUAUAUUUCCUCAUAGAAGACUUUUUUCAUUUCUGAAAAAUCAACUUUUCUGUCAGUAUUUUUUGGAUAAAAUUUAAAAAAAAAAAAAUUCAAUUUCAUUUAAGCAAAAACUGAAAAAAAUAAAAAUAAAAAAGAAAUAUAUUUUUUAUUUUAUUCUUGAAGAAAGUUUAUCAUAGAGUUUAAAGUUGUAAAUGUAACUAUAAGAACUGCUAUUGUAUGAGCAAAAUUGGUACUGCCACCAGAGAGGGGAUGUUAUUUAACUAUGUGUGUGUUAAUGACCAGAAUCUGCCAUUAUGUCUUUUACAUUUUAGCUUUUAGUUACCUUUACUAAUAGUCGUAUGCAUUCUUUGUUGUACAGUAGUCGUCCUAUAAAUGUCAUAUACCAUAAAGUGAACUCUACU